GCACUCUGGUUCCGUCAAAGACAAGGAGAAACCUUCGCAAGUCCCCCUGCUCCAUGUGGGCCCCCUACUAAUACCAUUGUGCUGUAGUGGGGACCUCUGAUAGCUCCCAUUAACUACAUUCGCUCCAUGCCCCUACACUUACCCGUUCCCCUUCCCCUCUCCGCUUGUCCCUUACCACCCCUCCACCCCCAUUGUAUCUGUAUCGUCACAUCUUCCGCCAACUUCCAGGCCGUCCACGCUCCUCAAGAUUUACCCAGUCAUUACUGGACUUAUAGACUCUCUCAUGUCCCCUUUCUUUCUAUUUCUCUUCUCUCAAUCAUAACUUCGGACCACAUUCACGCUGCCCUCGCCCGCCUUAUGCGGAAGGAAUACCUCUUGGAUUCAGGUUUUUCAGUUUCUUCUCUAAUCACACUUUUUAUUCGUCCUUUUCGCCAGUUCUUGUCAAUUUUUAUACUAUACCCACAGAUUUAAUCUCCUGUAACCCCACUGAGACCCUCAAAAUUUUGGGGGAUAUCGAACCUCUCUGUUCUACCAAGUGUCCAACAGCUCUUCAAAGUAGUCAUUCGCACCUUAUCAAGAUGACCGGUUCAGGGAGCUCACUGGUAGGCGGCUUCUUCCAACAUUUUCUCUUCCUUGGUUUUUAGACACCGGAAACAACUAACAUUGAUUAUGAUGAGGUACACAGACCAAGCUUGUUUCCGCACUAUUAUUUAUAUUACCUCUUACUUCGGCGUGGUCUGCUCACCGCCGUAAUCUCAGACGACAGGAACCCGAGAGAGAAGUCCGCGACUUGCGCGGCCUAGACGUGUACCUAACUACCCGCGCUGGGAAUGGAACCGAGUCCACUGCUGGGACCUUCUGGUUGUCAGAGAUCACUCAUCGUGGCGCUCCCGCUUUCAAUGCGAACCCUACCGGGUACAGGGUCUUUCGUAACGUCAAGGAUUACGGCGCCAAGGGUGUGUAUCCUCCCUAACUUCCCCGCUCCCAAUGAUGGUGUAAUGAUGUAUGUCAUGGAGAAGAUUUUGCUAACUGUGGUACUAUAGGCGAUGGAACUACUGAUGAUACCGUCGCUAUCAACAAUGCCAUCGCUGAUGGUGGACGAUGUGGAAGGGGCUGCGAUUCAUCGACUAUCGCUCCCGCACUUAUAUACUUCCCGGUUGGAACAUACCUAGUCUCCAAUCCGGUGAUCGCAAUGUAUUACUCGCAGCUGGUCGGUGACCCAUUAAACAUGCCAACCAUAAAGGGCUCUCCGAGCUUCCAAGGAAUCGGUAUCAUCGAUUCCGACCCUUAUGAGCCUGAUGGAAGGCAAGUUUCCCGGACGCUCGUUAUACAAGAAUACGACUAAAGGGUUGACUGACCCGGUGACAGCAACUGGUACACCAACCAGAACAAUUUCUUCCGUUCCGUCAGAAACCUGGUUAUCGACACCACCGCGAUGCCCCUUGGCGCAGGUACCGGUAUCCAUUGGCAAGUGGCGCAAGCUUCCUCGCUCAUUAACCUACGCUUCGAGAUGUCCCAGGCAGAGGGAAACUCCCACCAGGGCAUCUUCAUGGAUAAUGGUUCCGGAGGGUUCAUGUCAGACUUGAUCUUCAACGGAGGCAAGUUUGGAGCGUUCUUCGGUAACCAGCAAUUCAUGACCAGGAAACUCACGUUCAACAACUGCGAGACUGCUAUCUACAUGAACUGGAACUGGGCAUGGACGUUCAAGUCCGUCAGCAUCAACAAUUGCAAGAUUGGCCUUGAUAUUACUACUAAUGGACCGGCCGAACAGGCUGUCAGUUCUGUCAUUCUUCUCGACUCUUCUAUUGAAGAUACUCAUAUCGGUGUCGCUACAGUCCGCGGUAAUUCUAGCGGUUUCGUCUCGGGCGGAACCCUCAUCCUUGAUAAUGUCCGGCUUACCAACGUUGGGAAAGCUAUCGCCAACACCGCCACCAAUGCCACCAUCCUCGCGGGCGGAUCUCGCACGAUCGAUAUGUGGGGGCAAGGGAAGGACCAUUCCAGCAGAAACCCAGGCGGAACUACCGUACAGGGUAACAUAAACCGCGCAUUCCCCAAGCCUGCUCCCCUCCUUGCCAAAGGACAAAAGGUCAUCUUUGAGCGCUCCCGUCCCCAAUACCAAGAACUCGACGUCUCCCAGUUUGUCUCUGUGAAGCAGAACGGCGCAAAGGGCGACGGAAUCACCGAUGACACUGCUGCAAUCCAAUCCAUCCUGGACUGUAAUCCUGGGAAGGUCAUCUAUUUCGACCACGGCGCAUAUGUCAUCUCCGACACGGUCAAUGUGCCCAUGAACACCCGUAUCGUGGGAGAAGUUUGGCCGCUGAUUCUCGCGAAUGGGGACGCCUUUAAGGACGUCAACAACCCCGUCCCUGUCUUUAAGGUGGGACAGGAAGGUGACACCGGCGUGGUCGAGAUGUCCGAACUCAUCUUCGAAACCCAGGGCCCCCAACCCGGCGCCAUCCUCAUGGAAUGGAACUCUCGCGACCCUUACGGGAAGCAAGGCGUCAAUGGCCUCUGGGAUGUGCACUUCCGCGUCGGGGGGUCACGGGGCACUAAUCUCGAGCCCGAGCAGUGUGCAAAGAAACCCGAGCAGAACAACACAGCUAACCCAGCGUGCUUCGGCGCUUUCAUGCACUUGCACAUCAAGAAGACUGCCAGUCUCUACAUGGAGAACAUCUGGGCCUGGACGAGCGACCACAAUCUCGAUGGGCCGGAUUUUGGACAGAUAUCCAUCUACAACGGCCGUGGAAUCCUAACCGAGACGACUGAGGGCCCAGUGUGGUUCUACAGCACCGCGGCGGAACACAACGUCGUGUACCAGUACCAACUGCAGGAGACGAAGAAUAUAUUUAUGGCAAUGAUCCAGACGGAGACUCCGUAUUGGCAGAGCAACCCAAUGGUCACCGCGCCCUUCCCUAUAAACCCCGCUUUCAACGACCCCACAUACCCUGGCUGCACGGCGAAGACAUGCAAGUCCUGGGCCCUCCGCAUCAUCGAUUCCACCAACUUACUUAUCUACGGCGCAGGCUUGUACUCGUUUUUCGAGAACUACGCUCAGGAGUGCGUGAAGACGCAUACCUGCCAGGACUCCAUUGUCUCGGUUGAGGGGGAAAACAAACUAAGCUUUCUCAACUUAAAUACUGUAGGGAGCAAAAGUAUGGUUGAUAUUGAUGGGAAACCGAGCAUCGCCGCGGCCGGGCAUGAGAAUCCGUUUGUCCGGACUUUGAUGAGAUUUGAUUCCGCUUAGGUUCGGGAUACGCAAGGAUGGCGGGAUGGAUGGGCGGAGGUCACUCGAGCUCAACCUUCUCCUAAGAAUCUAAUUUAACGCUGGGCCUUGGUGCCCGUGCUUUUCUUUCGAUAUUUUCUUUAGCGUUCCCCGAAAUUUCUCUCAUUUUUACAAGCUACAUGUCUUAUUUACUUCCUUUGUGCACACCUCCGAUACUGGGCCCACAGAAUAGAGGGGGGAGCAGGGUGGCGGAUGGGUAAACGCAUGGGAGCAAUAUUGCCCAUCACAUAGUUUUCCGUCUUGGGUGCUAAGUCGUGUUGUAUUUGCAAUCUAGUUUUUGUGGGAGGGGAGGGCGAUACCAAAAAUAAGGUCUGACGUAUCCAGUUACGCUUUUUGGAGUACUAGAGAAAUUGUAAUUUAGUCUAUAAAUAUAAUACCCUAUGAUAGC